CCCUUAGUAUUUUGCAUAGCGUGUAGGGAGAUAAAAUGAAGAAAAAUAGAAAAAACUUAUUUUUUCCUCAAGUUUGGCAAUUAUUCAACUAAUAAAACUUUUCAAUUGGCCGUAAGUGCAGUCGGAACAUUCAGGGCUUUGCCCUGAUGUACAAGCAAUUUUGUUAGGAAGGUAUACGUUUAUUGUUCAUAGUCAUUGAAAGCUUGGUCCCGAUUCUAUGUCAACUCCCAAAAACCGUCGUCAAUAAAAAAAAACUUAUUUCAUUGAAAGAAGAUGUUCUGUUCUUUUUUCAGAAACCAAUAAUGCCUGACAACCUAGGAUAUGCGACCCAAGACGAACAACAAAGUGAAACUGACGUAGCGACUAUUGUUCAACAACCUGGUUCGUUUACGAGAACAGGUCAGAUCGCGGGUACUAGUGCAACAGUGUCUCGUGAUAUUGUGGUUAGUCAAGACGAGGAAGACGAAGAGCCGGAUCCCCCUGAUCUUCUUAAUUUGAACAGUUUCCCAGAUGAUCCUGAUUUUGAAAGGGCGGUGAGACAGGCUGAGUUUGCAUUUGACAUAGGUGUUGAUCCUGUUAGAAUUAGACAAGGAUCAAGUGGUAGUUAUUUCAUCAAAAAUGCAAGCGAUGAAAUAAUAGCUGUUUUUAAGCCAAAAAGCGAAGAGCCAUAUAGUUCAAUGAAUCCAAAGUAUGGCAAAUGGUGUCAGAGAGUAUUUUGCCCCUGUUGCUUUGGACGAACUUGCCUCUUAAAAAAUCAAGGAUAUCUUUCUGAAGCGGGCGCAAGUAUCGUUGAUGAGUGGUUAGGCUUGGGAAUCGUACCUAAAACGAAAAUAGUAUGGCUAGCAAGUGAAGCUUUCUUUUACUCUAAGUUAACAAAAGCUAAAUGUACAGCUAAACGGGGAAUCAUGGCGACUACUCCAGCACUAGGGCGAAGGUUCAAAAGGCUGGGAGUUCCUCUAAAAGUGGGAUCAUUUCAAUUGUUCAUGCGAGACUAUUGUGGCGCUGAUGAGAUGCUUAGAAGAUUCUCUUUUGAAACGAUGCCCAAGAAAUCAAUGCAGAAUUUUCAGCUGCUUUUCGAAAAACUGGUAAUUCUUGAUUAUAUAGUGAGAAAUACAGAUAGAGGAAGUGAUAACUGGCUUAUAAAAGUAGACGUAGAAUCACAUGCUCAGACAUCACCUUCGCAAAAUAAUGAUAUGCAAUCAAGCUCAAAUGCAGUGAAUAGUGAAACAGCGGAUGGUAAUUGGAACGUAGUAAAUACUCCGUUGAUAUCGAUCGCUGCUAUUGAUAAUGGAUUAGCUUUCCCUUUCAAACACCCUGAUACUUGGAGAGCCUAUCCGUACCAAUGGGCUUGGUUACAGCCAUAUGCCGAAAUUCCGUUUUCUAAACAAACCAUAGCCAAUUUCCUGCCGCUACUCAGAGAUCUGAGUAAUGUAGAAAAUUUGGUGUCCGAAUUGGAAGCACUUUUCUCAAUCGACAAGAACUUUAAUAAAACUAUGUUCGAAAAGCAAAUGUCAAUUGUAAGAGGUCAAAUCAUGAAUUUGUGCGAGGCUUUGAGUAAAAAGCUAUCGCCAUCUGAGUUGGUGGAGCUGCCGUUAAGAGUUGUGGAAAAGCAAAGUACUGCCAGAGAUGGUAAUCAGAUAACUACAGAAAAAGAUGAAGAUUCAGAGUUCAGAGAAACGUACCAGGAGAAACGACCUUUUUUUACUUGGUGCUAAUUUUUUUGGGCAGUUUGCUUUUUUAAUGAUAAGUAAAUUAGAAUAAUGUAAAUUUAUCAUAUUAUAUGUUAGCCGUUGCAAUAAAGAUAAUAAAAAGCAUAUUUUUGUAAUUUUCUAUUAAAAACUAUUUGUUGAAAUUAAAUAAGAUGAUAAAUUUAGUUACUCCGCUCGCUUGUUGUUUUUAGAUAACUCAAAAGAAAUUAAGCUACGCAAAUCCGACUCCAGUCGUCAUGUUGCUGGAUCGAUCGCAGAAAUAGAUGCCGUGAUACAAAUUACAAUUCUCAAGUGUUCCGUUUUUACCCUUGCGAUAAGCAAGGGUAUUGCAAUCGGCUUCUAGACUUUUUUCUCAUAAACAACUUUGUCCACAGGACUCAUCUGGACUCGUGGUACCUUGGCUCAUAACGAAUUCAAGUUUCUUAGUGUCUACUGUACACUUAGCCUGGAGGUAACGAAUACGCCUGGAUCCGCAAAGGUUCUGGUUUCGAAACUGACUAGGAGCUGUUUUUAUACAAACGGUUUCUUUUGCUUGAUAUUUUCACUGCAAUUCGAUACGUUAACUUUGGCAGUGUUGGGGAAACUAUGGAGAGUGCAGUAUCCACAGGUUUGAACAACAAUGACCUCGUGAGCAAUUCAGUGAAAGAAAAAGUACAUCACGUCACACUAGGUGGAACUUGGAAGGAUCACAAGGAACGAAGAAGCAAACACGAAGUCUGCCGAGGCGAUCCCACUAGGUGGAACAAGUUUUCAGCGCAGUCGAUCGCGGUCAUUUCGUGGAUACAUUUCUGGCUGGAAACUUUGAAGGAUCACAUGCAACGAAUCAGCUGACACGAAGUCUGCCGAGGCGACCCAACAUAACAGCAUAUAAAGAUCUUGCAUGGAGAGAAGGCAAUUUCAAUCUGUCAGCUCCAUGCGUUUAGAUACAUGUAAUUGAGGAACUUGAUUUGAAAUCGGGACUGUCGAUUCCAAAUAUCGGAUCUGGCACUGGCUACUUGAAUCUGAUGAUGGGGCACAUAAUUGAACCACGUGGAAGUAACCGCGUAAAGGAUUUACAUCAGGACUGCAUCGAAUAAGCCAAUCUGAGCGCAUAGGAGCCUACAUAAGAGGCACUCCACUUUGACAAGUUCAAUGCGCGGUUGCCGUAAUUCUUCAGGCGAAAGAGAUUGCGCCCAUCCUCAGAAAAUAUGACAGAAUUUACUGUGGUGCAGCUGUGCCCUCUGAACAUAUUCAGUUCAUGAAGCUACUCGUCAAGUCAUGCGGAUUCCUAGUUAUCCCUCCCGGAGACCCAAUGGUCAAAAUCUAAUUGAGCCCUCCAAUAAAGAGUUAACGCAAAGAGACUGCCACGCUACCCUUAAAGCCAAUUCCGACUUUGAAGAAUCUUUGUCGAAUAGCAAUUCGUGAAGCAAAUCGACUUUCUGUUACAGGCAGGCGGUCUAAAGUGGAACUAUGUUUGUCAGCUCGCAGCCAGGAGCUGAACGAGCUUGUUGAAGAAAGUAUAACCAAUGAUGAAGAUGCAAACGCGCCUCUUGAUUCUCGAGGCCGUCUAGGAUUUUCUAAUAGUAAUGGACUGCUCCUGUCGACAGGGUUCUUGAUGAAGAAAUUGUCAAGCAAGUACUUCGACCAAUGGUCACGUGCAUAAGUCUGAAGCACAAAGUAGAGGAAAAAUUGAAGUUAACAGUGCAGUCCGAAGUAUUGGCGAGUCAAGCUGUGGUAAAUUUUUUAAACCGCCACAAAAGAUGAAAAAAGAUGAUAUUGAUGAGAAUAAAGCCUCCAGUAGCGGUGAUGAUAAGAUUCAGCAAGGAUGUCCGGGGCCCUAAACAUAUCCUGGCACUUCCACUCAGGAAACGAAAAGUGAUCUAAAAGUGGGAAGCCCUGUAAAUCUAGAUAGUACCUCUGACCCGAAACUACAAACAGAUUAAUUUAGAGAAAAUCAGUGUUCGUGAGUUAGCAGAAUUAAGAAAAAAAGAGAAACUGAGGUUUGCAGGUUAUUCUCCGAUCCUUGAGAGCUCAACUUUUAGUACCAGUGCCGCAAGAUGUGCUCAUUGCAAGACCGCGACGACCAUCGUAGGUUGGGUUUUUAGGUUGAGGAGUUUGCUUUGCAAGCGUAUCCAAAUUUAAGCUUUUCCAAAUUUUAAUCGUUUUCCAAGUUUUGUUAUGACCAA